ACUGUACAUCUCCUAUGAAGAGAUGAAAAUGGACCUGAAGGACUCUGUGACCAGAAUCGCUCAGUUCUUGGAGAAACAUCUGGAUCGUGAGGUGAUCGAGAAGAUAGCAGAGCGCUGUUUGUUCCAGAACAUGAAACUCAACAAAAUGUCAAACUACUCGGACGUUCCUCAGGAGUUUAUGGACCAGACAAAGUCGGAAUUCCUGAGAAAAGGAAUCGCUGGAGACUGGAAAAACCAGCUGACAGCGGCAGAGGCAGAAUACUUUGACACAGUUUACAAAGACAAAAUGAAAGAUGUCAAAUAUACAUUUGUAUGGGACUAAAAUAGAACUUGAUAUUUCCAUUUUCACAGACAUAAAAUCUGUCUUUUGUUUUAUGUACUGUCAUCUCUUCUCAUUUUGUCCAGUUAUACAAAAUAAAGCUUUCUGAAAUAAAGAUUUUUGAUCGCAAA